CUCACGACCUCGCGGUUGUCCGCGCACAUCUCCCGCCAACCGCUGCGAUGCAUCCGGGCUAGCCCUGCAGCAGGCUGGGGGUCGUGCAGACAAUACGGCACCGUGGCCUCAGGUGAAUCAGAGAGGCAGACAGCCUCAGCCGCCCUGCCAGAAGCAGGACCGGCCACCCGCUCUCCCUGGGCGGCAGCUCUGGAUACACCGACCCGACGGCCGCAACCGUCUCCUAAAUUCUACGUUCCCUCCGUUCUGUUACCGGCCGAGGCCUCGAAAUCUCCGUCGGUCCACAAGAUCCAUAUUCUAGGUGAAGACGAGCGAUCAAAAUUUAUAGCACACGCUCUAUCGGGUGUGUACGAAUCGGUGGAACUUCUGGGCUGGAAAAGAACACCCUCACGUUACACGAAUAUUCAGAAAACAUUGAGAGGAAAUCGUCGCGAAACGUCGAAGGUCGAACGGAACCCCAUCCAACUUCAGAAAACCGACGAGGAGGACAAUUCACCCAUCGACCACCUUGUGAUCAGCUCCAAGGCGUUUGGUGCCGAGUCGAGCCUCGAUCAAUACAAGCACCGCCUCCGUGAAGACGCCACCGUGUGUGUGAUGACCGAGGGGCUCGGGGUGCUGGAUGAUGUGCGGACCAAGAUCUUCAACGGAACCUAUCAAAUGCCCAAUAUUCUACUUGGGCACAUGAGCCACAGGCUUGCGUUCAACCGAAGUUAUAAUUCCGUAAAGCAGCUUAAAGGCGGCCAGCUUCUCAUGACCCCGCUGCCAACGACAACAGUCUCUCACAGCUCUAUAGAGCGCAAGACAGAGAACCGUACCAACUUCGUGGAGAGCUUUGGCAGGGCCAGGGAGCUGCGAGGCUCCAUGACGGAAUACGAUUCAUGGCUCCGCUUCAAACUUCCAAGCGUUAUCUUCGCUGCUGUUGCUGAUCCAGUCUGUGUUCUGCUCGAUCUACCAUACCACGGACUCUUGCAGAACCCUCCGGCCCAGCGCAUGAUGCAGCGGCUUUUGGACGAGAUCACCUUAACGCUAGAAAUGCUACCCGAACUUGAGUCCUCAACGGUAGUACAGGACUAUGUUAGAGGAAACCUGAUCAAACGCCAGCUGUACAAGAACAUUAUGGCGAAGAGGGACGCUCAGAGUUCACUCCUCUACCAGGUGCAGCACGGGCACCAGACCGACAUCAACUAUCUGAACGGCUAUUUCCUCAAUAGAGCAAAGCGUCUCGGGCUGGACCUCAGGACGAACAAAUUAAUGACAGACAUGGUCAAGGCAAAAACCCUCCAAACGCGGCAGCGCAUCAACACCGACGUCCGCAUUGAGGAAACGUCGCUGUCGCCGCAGCAUCAAGGCAGCAGCUACAGGCAUUACUAUAGCACAAAAGCUCGUCUAGAGCAGCUCAAAGCUCAGCAGGGAGCCGGUGGUGGUGGCAGUAGUGGGGGGCGAUCUGCUGGCGGCAACGGCGACGAAGAAAACUCGAGAAAGCAAGAAGAAGCCCGUCAACACAUCCUCAACCAGAUCCUGCACCCCGAGGCAGCCGACCGGCUCGGCCGAAUCCGACUCGUCAAGGAGUCGCGCGCGACCGACGUGGAGAACCGGCUGAUCAUGCUGGCACAGUCUGGCCAGCUGCGACAGAAGGUCACGGAGGAGCAGCUGAAGGACCUCCUCAACGCCGUGGCGGACAAGAAGGAGGAGGAGAAGAUCGUCGUGAGCAGGCGCAAGGGCUGGGACGACGAUGACGACGACCUGCUGGAUUUA